UGCAGAGCACGAAGCGACAAAGAACACGUGGGAACGGGUUCAGAUUGAAAGAGAGCAGGUUUAGAUUAGCUAUUUGGAUAUUCUUUAUCCUCAGGAUGGUGAAGCACUGUCACAGGCUGCCCAGAGAAGCUGCGGAUACCCCAUCCCUGGAAGUGUUCAAGGCCAGGUGGGAUGGGGCCUGGAGCCACCUGUUCUGGUGGAAGGGGUUGGAAGCGGAUGCUCUUCAGGCUCCUUCCACGCCCCAGCACGCCCCGAGCUCCGGCAGCCGCUGCUCUGCUCUGCUCUGUGGGCCGGGCCGGGCCGGGCCGGGCCCCGCCGCGUCACUCGGCGCUGCCCCGGAGCGCCCGGCUGCCCGCAAAGCCCGGCGCGCGAGGGAACGGCACGCGGAGCGGACGGGAGGGAGGGCGGCUGCCCGCAAAGCCCGGCCCGGCCGUAGGCGGCGCGGAGCGGGAGGCCGUCCUUAAGAUGGCUGUUGUGCGCGGGGCGCCGCCGCUGUAGUGCCGCGAGGAGCCGCCUGCCCGCUCCGCUCUGCCGCGCCCGCCAUGGAGUGCCCGCACCUCGGCUCCAGCGUCUGCAUUGCGCCCGACUCGGCCAAGUUCCCGCAGGGCUCGCCCUCCUCCUGGUGCUGUAGCGUGUGCCGGUCAAAUAAAAGCCCCUGGGUCUGUCUGACGUGUUCGAGUGUCCAUUGUGGAAGAUAUGUGAAUGGCCAUGCAAAAAAGCAUUAUGAAGAUGCACAGAUUCCUAUGACCAAUCAUAAGAAAACAGAAAAACAGGAGAAAGUUCAGCAUACUGUUUGUAUGGAUUGCAGUAGUUACAGUACAUACUGUUAUCGCUGUGAUGAUUUUGUAGUCAAUGAUACCAAGCUGGGCCUGGUACAGAAGGUCAGAGAGCACCUACAGAACUUGGAGAAUUCAGCCUUUACAUCAGACAGACAUAGGAAAAGAAAACUAUUGGAAAACUCAUCUCUGAACAGCAAGUUAUUGAAAGUAAAUGGAAGCACCACUACCCUUUGUGCCACAGGCCUUCGGAACUUGGGGAACACUUGUUUCAUGAACGCAAUCCUUCAGUCACUCAGUAACAUUCAGCAGUUUUGCUGUUACUUCAAAGAGUUGCCUGCAGUGGAGCUGAGGAAUGGGAAGACAGCAGGGCGAAGAACUUACCACACCAGGAGCCAGGGAGAUAACAAUGUUUCACUUGUGGAAGAAUUCAGAAAGACACUCUGUGCUUUAUGGCAAGGAAACCAAACUGCAUUUAGUCCAGAGUCUUUAUUUUAUGUUGUUUGGAAAAUAAUGCCAAAUUUUAGGGGAUACCAGCAACAGGAUGCCCAUGAGUUCAUGCGUUACCUUUUGGACCAUCUACACCUGGAACUCCAGGGUGGCUUCAACGGUGUUCCACGUUCAGUAAUCUUGCAAGAAAAUUCUAACCUGUCUGCAAGCAACAAAUGUUGCAUAAAUGGAGCAUCUACUGUUGUCACUGCCAUUUUUGGAGGCAUUCUUCAAAAUGAAGUCAACUGCUUAAUAUGUGGGACUGAAUCUAGAAAGUUUGACCCAUUCCUAGACCUUUCGCUAGAUAUUCCAAGUCAGUUCAGAAAUAAACGUACUAAAAACCAAGAGAGUGGACCAAUGUGCACGCUACGAGAUUGUCUUCGCAGUUUUACAGACCUGGAAGAACUUGAUGAGACAGAGCUGUACAUGUGUCACAAAUGCAAAAAGAAACAGAAGUCCACCAAAAAAUUCUGGAUUCAGAAACUACCAAAGGUGCUAUGCUUACACUUGAAACGCUUUCACUGGACAGCUUAUCUGAGAAACAAGGUUGAUACGUACGUUGAGUUUCCCUUGCGAGGCCUAGACAUGAAAUGCUACUUGUUAGAGCCUGAAAACAGUGGCCCAGAGAGCUGCCUGUAUGACCUCGUGGCUGUGGUUGUGCAUCAUGGCUCAGGUGUUGGCUCUGGCCACUACACAGCGUACGCAGCGCACGAGGGCCGCUGGUUCCACUUCAACGACAGUACUGUAACCCUGACUGACGAGGAGACUGUGGGCAAGGCCAAGGCCUACAUCCUCUUCUACGUGGAGCGCCAAGCUAAGCCUGGAGCAGAGAAACUUUAAUACCUCCUUUCCAUUCUUACUUAUCAAGUCCACUGGACAAACAUUUCCAUUUUUCCAUAAAUACUUGAUCCAAGACUUAUUAAUUUCAUUGUGCACUUUGCAAUUUCCUCUUGUGGGUUUUUGUUUUGUUGUGUCAAUGGUAGCAUUUGACUUACUGAACUUGGACACAAACUAACUUUUUUUUAGUUAUACCAGAAAACCUCAGCAGAUUUUGAUUUGCUGCUUUAGUUGUGAUAACUCAGUUUUUAUAUAUAUAGUUUCAUUAAAUAGUUAUUUGACUUUUUUAUAUUAAUGUUUUCAGUUCUCACUUUCUAAAGGCACAUUUACAUCAAAAAACCUGUCCUCCUUACAAGCAAGAUAAAUGUGCUUUUGAUCAUGAAGAGCAAUACAACGUCGUGCUGUUCUCAGUUCUGUUAUGUAGAUAUGAUUUAAUCUCUUUAAAUCAAGGAGUUGUUUUUGCACAUACUAUUCUCCCUCGUGCAAGAAACUUAAACAGUGAGUCUGACCAAUCAUCCUUUGUCUGAAGAAGAGAGGCGAUGUGGCAUCAUUAAAUAGACCAGGUAAUUGCUGCUAUCUUGGUGUGUAUUCAGGCUGGUGAUUUCCAGGAAUCAUUGUAAAUAAACACUUGGUUCGAUUCUAUCAGUACUGCAAUUUAAUUCAAGUACUGCUCAGAUAUACUCUGGCCCCUACCCUCUGCAAAUUUAAAACAAUUAUCUUAAAAUUACCUGUCUAAACAACAUUGAGUUUUAUGGUUUCUCAACUGAACCUGAAUUGCAUUAGACAUCUCUUGGUUUAGACUGUUAUCCUUAAAUUUGAUCAUGAACACUUAGGUGCUUAAAAAAUGGGGAGACUUCCUGGCAGUAGAAUCCCAAGUAGCACCCCUUUAGUUCCUGGUGGGAAUCUGAAGUACAGCCCCAAGGGGGCUGGGGUUUGUGAGAACAGGCACAGGUCUAAAUGCAGCUCUGCUCCAUGGCUACAGUUCAGUUGGAAGCAGGAGGAGACAGAUGGUGUUGCUUUGCAUGGAAUUGUUCUGUCAGUUCAAAUGCAGACUCGAGGGAGGAUGCUCAGUCUCUCCCAGCAGAGCCCUCAGAGGGAGGUGCUGAGCCAGGUGUUCUUGUGACUGGAGCAGGCUCAGGGAGCUCCUGCAGCAUUCACACACUGGCCCAGGGUGGCAUUUUUGUUCAGUCUCUAGAUGGACACUGGAGGCACAGUGCAUGGUACCUGGCUAUGUCAUGGAGAAAGACUAUGCUAGAAAAACCCAAACCAGUUUUAGCUACACUGCUGAUAAGCUGCUGGAAGUCAGCUACUAUGAUGGGAAAGGCAGACAGGAAAACCAGUACUGAAAAAGCCAGGAAUCUGCCAGAAAACCUGAAAUUGGUGAAAUGUUGCAUUUAAGAUCUGUUCUACCCAUCUAUCCUUUCUAGCUGGCUCCCUUGUGCCAAACAAGGAGCUGGUACUCCUGAAAAGUACCAGCAGUUUGAGUCCCACCAAACAGCAGCUCUUAGUUCUGUUAACAGAAAAUGCAGUUGUUAACAGUGCAAAUGAGUUGCACAAGAACUCCAGCUGAGUCCUAUUUUAGUUAAUGCUGCUGAAGGACACAGAAAAGGGGCUGGAGUGGAGCCCAGAGCAGUCUGGGGCACAGGGAGUGCACAGCCUUGCCUUGGGAUCCUGCUGGCUGCACACACACCAGGGUAAGGACAAAUCACAGUCAGGCGUUUGGUACAGGGCCAUUCCUGAGAGCUUUGUCACAGCAUCUUAAACCAGGAAAGGGAGAAAUUGGCUUCAUCUGAAACUGCUGAAAUAGUUCAGCCUAACUUAAUGGGUUUUGAAUAUGUAAACAGGUUAAGACUAUAGAGUAAUUUGAUAUAGUGACAUAUUUGUAAGGAUUUUGUCACCUUCCUUUCCUUACAGACAGAGCCUUUCUUCUAAUCAAUGCAAACAGGUUGCUGAUAGACAAGAAGAAAACAGGGCAGGUAAAGCAUUGUACCACAUUCCUGCCCUUCCUGCUGCUCACAGGGAGCUGCACAGAUGCCACCUCUAGCUGUGUUUUCUAUGCAUGCUGCUUGGACUGGAUUUCUUUAGAAUUUAUCUUUGAGAAUGCCAAGCUUAAAAUACACAACUCUCUCUGGGUCAGCAGCAGUUUAAUAACUUACAGUAGUCAGGUGUAUGCAGUGUUCUUGCAAAACAGUGAUGUAAAUGUGCCUUUCUGUAUUUUUAGAGAUUUAAAUUUGUAAUCUUCAGCAACAUUCACUUAUUUUAAUCAACUUCUAUUUGUCAGCAAUUGUUUGGGUCAGAGUUCUGUUCUCACUUGAGCAUUUUCUUUCAGUUCCAUUUGCUGUGUCCCACGCAGCUCCUGGGCAGUGGUGUCUCCAGCAGGGCCAUGUGGGGCCAGCCUGGGAACACGAAGCAAUCACAGCAGGCUGUCCUUGCAGCAGGUGCUGCUCAGGACUCAGCCAUAUGCUUUGCUGGAACAAGUACAUUGUAAAUCCUUUCCUAAUUUAACUCUCUCCCACUGCAAACCCAGAUGGACAGUAUGAACAGUUUGUUGUGGCAACACAAGUAUUUCUCUUCCUGGUGGAGAACUUUGCUUAUCCACUGUAUUCUAUUCAGUGUGGUGUCAAAAAAAAAAACAAAACAAAAAAACCCCUGAGCACUGAACCAAUAACAUAUACUGCACCUGGCCUAGUAUUACUUUUUUAACCUAGCUUGUAUAUCCUAUAUUUAUCUACUAGCUUGUGAGGGGGGGAAUAUCUCUUUCAUUUAAGCCAAAUGUUUCUUUUCUACUUACUGCUCAUCAUAGUACACACUAGCUGGCAAGAAUUUUUUUCUUGCUUCAGACUGCUCUGCAAGCAGCAACUGCUCUCUACAGUUCAAAGACUUGCAUCUUUUUCACCAAAAUGUGUCCAAACAAAGGUUGUCCUUUUGUUAGUUAUUGUUUAGCCACAUAUACAACUGGAGCCAAGAUUUAUGUCAAUCAAAACUGCAAAAUGUCCAGCUCCUAAAGGUCAGCAAGAGAGAAGAAUUGAAAAGUUUGAGACAGGCAGGGACAGUGGACUUGUAUCAAAAGCAGGAGGCCAUUUAUGAAGAUUUUACUAAAUCAAUGGGAAGUGUAACACGUGGUGUUCAGAAGUUCCCCAGCAAUGUUUCAUUACUGAUGUGUCUGUGUCUUACUGAUGAGGUAAUGGGCACCUUGACAGCUGAUUCCAACGUGCUUUAGGAUAUUCUCAAGUACUGUAGUGCCAUAGUUGUAAUUGUUUACCAUUAAAAUCUUGUGUGUAAUUUUCAGUGAGGAUUACUGACUGUGCUCAUCUUGUGUGUUUCUGGAGCAUUUCCAGGAUGAAUGUGAAUUAUAUCUGAUCACACAGUGUGUUUAUGGAAAAUGUGCCAUUAAAAUGUCUCCUUUCCUUAGAAAAUGAAACUUCUCUUGUCCUUCUACAGGCUUGCAGAACACAAUACAUUGGUGUAUGUCCUCUGAACACAAAUGGCAGCAUACUGUACCUUGCUCUAGGAAAAAUGAAAUAAAGCAAUUGCAGUGUUCCUACCUCUGUAACACCUCUACCAAACUUAGCACUGAACUCCAAAGAGGACCUGCCAUUCCAUUUUAAAUGCCUUGUCACCCAACUGUUGUUAAUUUUUAUGUCAUAUUUUUGUGUGUCCCCUCUGUCUGGCAAGAAUCCAUCUUUGUCAUUCAGCUUUGCUAGAUUGUUGAUCUGUUGUUAAUUUGGGAGGUUUUCUAAUUAAUAUUUUUGGAUAUAGUAUUCCUAUAACUCUAAGAAGUCUCAGCUGUUUAAAUCUGCUCAAAAAUGAAGGUAAGUUUGUGAGAGCUGCAAAUGCUCAUACAAGAAUGAAGAACACCUGCAGGCACACCUCUUAAGCUGCCAUUUUCCAGUGAACUGCAUUACC